ACUCCGAGAGAAUGCAUGCUGGAGUUGUGCUUGCGUGUGAAGGUGUUUGUUUAGUGGAUAAGUCCUAGCUCAGUGCUACAAUUCAAGCUAACUGGCUAACGCUAGCUAGCCUUGGAUAUAUCACACCUGAAGGGAAGCCAGGCUGUCAUGGCGGGUGUCGGGGCGAACGCCUCUGCGAACCCCGCGUGUAAGAUCAUGACCUUUCAUCCCACCAUGGAGGAGUUUCGGGAUUUUAACAAGUACCUGGUGUACAUGGAGUCUCAGGGAGCGCACCGUGCCGGUCUGGCUAAGGUGAUACCGCCGAAGGGCUGGAAGCCGAGACGCACCUACGAUGACAUCGACGACCUGGUCAUCCUGGCACCCAUUCAGCAGAUGGUGGCCGGCCAAUCGGGGCUCUUCACUCAGUACAACAUCCAGAAGAAGCCGCUCAGCGUGCAGGAGUUUCGCAGGCUGGCGAAUAGUGACAAGUACUGCACACCCCGCUACCUGAACUACGAAGACCUCGAGAGAAAGUACUGGAAGAACGUGACGUUCGUGCCACCCAUAUACGGCGCGGACGUGAGCGGGACGCUGUACGAUGAGGACGUCGAGGAGUGGAACAUCGGGCACCUGAACUCCAUCCUGGACGUGAUCGAGGAAGACUGCGGCGUCUCCAUCCAAGGCGUGAACACCCCCUACCUGUACUUCGGCAUGUGGAAGACGAGCUUCUCCUGGCACACCGAGGACAUGGACCUCUACAGCAUCAACUACCUGCACUUCGGAGAACCCAAGUUCUGGUACGCCAUUCCUCCAGAACACGGGAAGCGACUGGAGCGAUUAGCCACAGGUUUUUUCCCCAACAGCUUUAAGAGUUGCGAAGCGUUCCUCCGACACAAGAUGACCCUCAUAUCGCCGUCUGUGCUGAAGAAAUACAGCAUCCCGUUCGAUAAGAUAACACAAGAGGCCGGGGAGUUCAUGAUCACGUUUCCGUACGGCUACCACGCCGGCUUCAACCACGGCUUCAACUGCGCCGAGUCCACCAACUUCGCCAGUCUGCGCUGGAUCGACUACGGCAAGGUCGCCACUCAGUGCACGUGCAGUAAGGACAUGGUGAAGAUCUCCAUGGACCCGUUCGUGAGGCGUUUCCAACCGGACCGAUAUCCGGCGUGGACGCAGGGCAAAGACGCGUGCUCGAUAGACCACACCCGUACCACGCCCGGCAGCACGCCCGAGCUCCAAGCGUGGCUCCAGAGACGCCGCAAGACCAGAACCAACAAGAAAGUGAGCUACCCUUGCACACGCUCCAAACGACUGAAAACCGUGCAGCAGCCGGUCGUCGUGGAGAACGCGACCGCGCGGACGAGCGACCAGGAAGAGGACGUGAAAGAGGAGGAAGACGCCAAACCUCACAACGCGUCUCGCCUGUCAGGGCCCGCUACUCUGUGUCAACAGAUGUGUUUCGUCAAGGUCACACGAGUCAAGAGCAAUUUAUUGGCCCAGUCGUCUAAAAGAGUCCCGCCCCCCAAUCCACAAGACACCGCGAGAGAAGCUUUAGGAACCGACGAGCCUCCAAACUCAGCUGAUGAAGCUUCUGGGACGGAUGACACGCCGGACUCGGAAGAAACUCCUGAACGUUUUUGUGUUGCCAAAUCCUCAAGCAGCAAAUCCCCAAAUCGGUCCUGUUGUCAAGAAGAAGAAGAAGAAGAAGAAGAAAACCGCUCUGCUGUAAAUCCCUCUAGUACAACGGUCACUAUGGAAACCUGCGGUUUCGCAGAACGUUCAGGAGCUCCUUCGUCCGACAUGCCUUUGCUUACGCCAGAGGUGACGGAGGAUCCCGAGGGAAGAAAAUCUCCGAAUCUGUCAUCCGAAAUGCCCUUCCUGACCCUCGCGGUCCAGUCCGGUGAUGACGACAUGCUUCCGAAUCCUAACGGACCGGAAGACUCCACCCCGCCUCAGAACGCGAUGGGCGAAACCGGCGUCUGCUGCUCUAAAGCACCGUAUUCUGAUUGGUGCUCAAAUCCGUUCCGAGAAGACGUCGGCCAAUCGCUCGGGUCUGAUCCGGACGCUAACGAGGAACUCCUCGAAAAGAGCGACGGAGACGGAUCCGCAUCCGUGCAUACAUCGCAUCACCCCAAAGCCAGUACUGAACUUUCCAGCGAGUCUCCUUCCACGUCUUACGGCCAGAACCCUCUCGACGAAGCCGACUUCACGUCUUCUGCGUUACCGAACCUCUUUGGGGAAUCCUCUACCGUCUGGAAGAGCCUAAGCUACCAAAAUCCCGACGUUUCCGAGCUAGCGGUGCCUUACGCCGUGUGGGCGGAGCCUCGGUGCCAGCAGGUGAAGUGCCCCGAUCCUUCCGACUUUCCGGAGAAGAGCCUGACGUUUACCGAUCUGGAACCCAGCGUGGCUCAUCAUUCCGGGGCGGAGCUUCUCGAUUCCCCGGGCAGGCCUCCGAGGUCAGACAGUAGCAGCGAGUCAGGUGAGGAGAACUCCUCCGUGAGCGAGACGGAGUAUGAAGAUUCGGGAAUCGAGCCGGGAGAAAUCCGCAUCUACACUAUGCCCACGGCGAAGAGAAAAACGACCAAAAGUUGGCGCCACCCUUUGAGGAAACCGACAGCCAGGGCGGUUCCCAGCGCCGUGAAGCAGCAAGCCAACAGCGACGACGAACCCAUGGAGGAGUGUAUCGCGGAGGAAGAACUGCAGGAGGCCGACGUCUGGGCGAGACCCCUGGUUCAUCUCUGGCACGGCAGGAAGUCUCACUUCCCGUCGGAGAGAGAGUACAACAGCGCGGCGGCUAAGACGGCGCCAAACUGCGCCGUGUGCACGCUGUUCAUGCCGUACUAUCAGCCCGAAGAAACGAAAGACGAGAGCAGACCCGAGGUCACGAUGGCGGUCCGAGAGGCGGCGGCGAGGUCGCGACCUCUGAUUCCUGAAAUAUGCUUCGCGUACCGCGAGGGCUCGUGUCCCCCCAACACACUCCUGGAGGAAGAUGGAUCCAGUCCUCUCGUGGCCUGUAAACACUGCUGCGUUCAAGUUCAUGCCAGUUGCUAUGGCGUUGCUGCUCAUGAAGUCACCCCGGACUGGACAUGUGACCGCUGUUCAUGUGGAGAUCUCACCGCUGAAUGCUGCUUAUGUAACUUGAGAGGCGGCGCGUUGAAAAGAACGACAGACGACAGAUGGGCCCACGUGAUGUGCGCCGUGGGUCUUCCCGAGGCCAAAUUCACCGACGUAGUGAAGCGGAGUCCCGUCGACGUCAGCGGCGUCCCUGCACAGCGAUACAAACUGAAGUGCAUCUAUUGUCAUAAACGGAUGAAGAAGUUAGCGGGCGCGUGUAUCCAGUGCUCCUGUGGCCGUUGUCCCACCUCCUUCCACGUCACGUGCGCUCACGCUGCCGGCGUCACCAUGGAGCCUGACGACUGGCCGUACGUGGUGUUCAUCAUCUGCCACAGGCACCAGUCACGGAGCUCCAGCGCUAAAUCAAAGGUGAGCCAAACAGAGCUGGCUCUGGGCCAAACCGUGAUCGCCAAGCACAAGAACCUGCGCUACUACAGCAGCCGCGUCGCCAGCGUCACGGCACAGACGUUCUACGAGGUCAUGUUCGACGACGGCUCGUUCAGCAACGACACCUUCCCUGAAGAUAUCGUGAGCAGAGACUGUGGUCAGCUCGGGCCUCCGGAGGUCAGCGAGGUCGUGCAGGUCAAGUGGCCUGAUGGGCUUUUUUAUGGUGCUAAAUACCUGGGCUCUAACACUACAUACAUGUACCAGGUGGAGUUCGAGGACGGUUCUCAGGUGCUGGCUAAGAGAGAGGACAUCUACACCCUGGACGAGGACCUGCCCAAAAAGGUCAAAGGUCGUCUCUCCACAGCCUCCAGCAUGCGUUUCGAGGACGCGUUCUUCACCACGCAGGGUGAGCGUAAGAGGCAGCGCACACCGAACUCGCGCUUCCAGAACGACUACGUGGCCGACCCGAACCCUCGGACCUCGAGCUGCAGCAAAACCAACUGAGGAACGGGAGAGGGGGAGAGGGAGGGGGGUCGGCCGGCGUCUGUUGACGUUUGAGAGGUCAGAGAUGGAAGAAACACUUUUUUUUUUCCCCCCAUUCCUCGAAUAAUGGUGAAGCAUUAAACUAUCUAAACAAACCUCUUUUCCUCCUGUUUAUGUGAUGUCUCUUCUCCUCGCUGUUCCAGUCCCUUUUAUUUUGCACCUUAGAUUAUGAUUAUUUUCCGGAUCAUUUGCUUGGCUUUGCACGCCGCUUUUGUAAAUGGCCUUUGCGCUCCUUCCUCCAUAUUAUAUUAUAUUAUAUUAUAUAUAAAAACACUACUCCUCUUAUAUCGAGCUUCAAAAAAAAAAAGAAGUGUCGCUUGAUUUGAUUCUUUUGGACGAAACGUUGCUACUGAUGAUCUCCUCAGACCUCUGAUCACAUUUAGCCCACCUUUACCUUCUGAGUUUUUACCUUUUUAUUUAUUUGGAAUUUCAUCUUAUUUUCAGUGGUGCUCAAAUCUGUAAAGAGAAUGAGAAGCUAUCUGUAUGGAAGGCUGAAUUAUUAAUAUUUGAAUAAACAUCCAUGUGGAUA